AUGAACGAUGACGAGCGGAAGGCUCUGGCCGAAGCUCGUGGCCGCGUUGCGAACCUGCGCGCCAUGUUUAACAAGGGCGGCGUCCAGAACUCAGAGCCGCCCGCCUGGAAGCGACGCGUGGCACCUCCGCCGCCGGUGAAGCUGCCAAAGGCAACGGACCCGUCGGCAGACGAGACAGGCGACAAGGCUCCGUCCGUGUACGCUCGCGUCAAGAGCUCCGAGUCGCUCCUGGCUGCUGCAGCACAGGAACGGAAGCUGCAGGACGAGCAGGAGCGCCGCACGGCUCCGGAAGGCAACAGCGCCACGGCCAAGCAGUCGUCGUAUCACCUCGAGAGCGAUCGUGCCUACAAUUUCUCGUUGAAGCAGCAAAGGAGUGUGCGGUUGGCCGAGCGGAUGGCCAAGAAGUCCCUCGCGCAGUUCUCGAGCAGCGGACAGACGUUUGAAGACGAGAAACGAGAGGAAAAGCGGCGGCUUGAAAAAGAGGAGCGUAAGAAAGAGCAAGAGGCACAAUCGGCGCUGAGGAAUUUUGCAGGAGGCAAGACGUUUUUUGAAGAGCAAUUGGACGAAAAGAAGCGUGUCCGGGAACAGGAGCGACAGAAGGAGCAAUGCGCGAAAGACGCGACGAACAACUUUUCGUCGCCGGACUUUGACCACGCCUAUGUGCACGCCAAAGAGGUUGCACAGGUAGAGAAGGAGGCAGAGGAGAAGGCGAAAGCUGCGCUUCUGAAGUACGACCAGCGCGACACGACGCACGAAUAUGGUAUGAGGAAUGGCAUGGUGGUGCCCAAGCAUGGUGAUCCCGAUGAAGUCCCUAAAGCCAAGCAUUACCCGUUCACAGAUCCUGCUACACGGAUCAAGAAAGCCAGCCCUCAUACUGUGAAAGCACUUGCACGAUUUCAAGCGCAACUCGCUGAAAAUCGUGCACGAGAAGAGCAAAAAACGUCUGAUGAAGUUGAACGCAAGGCUUCAUGGGAGUCCACGCGCAAGAUGUCGAUGGAGUCGAUUGAAUCCGUGGGACCAGUAGACAAGCAGUCUGUCAGCGACGUCGACGUUGAGCAGCUGAAGGCUUCAGUUGAUGGGGCGAAGCUUGACGUUAGAUCUGCUGCUAAGAAAUUUGCCGAGAUGGACCGGAGAGCAGCCGAACUGGCAAAGCAAAACAAGAAAUUGAUGUCAUUUAAUGGCGUGUCGUACGGACAAGCUCCUACGAAAGAGGGAGAACGGCAGGUGGUGAAACACAAGAACGAAAUGGCUACACGAGUCCAGUCUCGUGUGCGUGGGAUGAUUGCUCGCGACGGAUAUAGCAAGAAACUAGCGGCUGCCAGUCGAAUUGCACUCAGCGUCCAAACUGGAUUUAGACGGCGUCGAGCACGAAAACAGGUUGAAAGCUUACGUCAGCAACGACGACUUCAGCGUACCUGCGCUGUAGCCAUUCAAAAAAUCGUACGAGGACGACUGCAGAGGAAUCGCUACCAGCUCGAAGCUGCGAACUGCAAAGCUGCAAUUGUCUUGCUGCAGUCGCUCGUUCGAUCUUGGCAGGCUCAGGUUGCUUACACCAAGCAGAUUCAAGCAGCACGCACAAUACAAGCAUAUAUGGCUCGAACGCUAUCUACUUGGCGAGCAAUGACCGAGCUCGCUCGUCUCCGGAAACAGCAUGCCGCAGCUACAACCAUCCAGGCAUUGUUUCGAAUGCGAGCUGCUGUGUUGAACAGACAAGGUCAACGUGCUGCUAUAAUCCAGCUUCAGUGUACAUGGCGUCGGGCCAUAGCACAGAAAACCUUGUUGCGGUUGAAACGUUGCGCUCAGGAAGAAGCUGCCCGUGUGUUGGAGGUCGAGAGGAGCAUGGCAACGAAGAUCCAGAGCCAGUGGCGCGGAACGGCUGCUCGGUCCGCGGUGUGGGCGUUGCGUGCUGAAGCUGCUGCUGCUGAGGCUGCCGUCGCCGAAGCUGCUCGUCAGGAAGAAGCUGCCCGUGUGUUGGAGGUCGAGAGCAGCAUGGCAACGAAGAUCCAGAGCCAGUGGCGCGGAACGGCUGCUCGGUCCGCGGUGUGGGCGUUGCGUGCUGAAGCUGCUGCUGCUGAGGCUGCCGUCGCCGAAGCUGCUCGUCAGGAAGAAGCUGCCCGUGUGUUGGAGGUCGAGAGCAGCAUGGCAACGAAGAUCCAGAGCCAGUGGCGCGGAACGGCUGCUCGGUCCGCGGUGUGGGCGUUGCGUGCUGAAGCUGCUGCUGCUGAGGCUGCCGUCGCCGAAGCUGCUCGUCAGGAAGAAGCUGCCCGUGUGUUGGAGGUCGAGAGCAGCAUGGCAACGAAGAUCCAGAGCCAGUGGCGCGGAACGGCUGCUCGGUCCGCGGUGUCGGCGUUGCGUGCUGAAGCUGCUGCUGCUGAGGCUGCCGUCGCCGAAGCUGCUCGUCAGGAAGAAGCUGCCCGUGUGUUGGAGGUCGAGAGCAGCAUGGCAACGAAGAUCCAGAGCCAGUGGCGCGGAACGGCUGCUCGGUCCGCGGUGUCGGCGUUGCGUGCUGAAGCUGCUGCUGCUGAGGCUGCCGUCGCCGAAGCUGCUCGUCAGGAAGAAGCUGCCCGUGUGUUGGAGGUCGAGAGCAGCAUGGCAACGAAGAUCCAGAGCCAGUGGCGCGGAACGGCUGCUCGGUCCGCGGUGUCGGCGUUGCGUGCUGAAGCUGCUGCUGCUGAGGCUGCCGUCGCCGAAGCUGCUCGUCAGGAAGAAGCUGCCCGUGUGUUGGAGGUCGAGAGCAGCAUGGCAACGAAGAUCCAGAGCCAGUGGCGCGGAACGGCUGCUCGGUCCGCGGUGUCGGCGUUGCGUGCUGAAGCUGCUGCCGCUGAGGCUGCCGUCGCCGAAGCUGCUCGUCAGGAAGAAGCUGCCCGUGUGUUGGAGGUCGAGAGCAGCAUGGCAACGAAGAUCCAGAGCCAGUGGCGCGGAACGGCUGCUCGGUCCGCGGUGUGGGCGUUGCGUGCUGAAGCUGCUGCUGCUGAGGCUGCCGUCGCCGAAGCUGCUCGUCAGGAAGAAGCUGCCCGUGUGUUGGAGGUCGAGAGCAGCAUGGCAACGAAGAUCCAGAGCCAGUGGCGCGGAACGGCUGCUCGGUCCGCGGUGUCGGCGUUGCGUGCUGAAGCUGCUGCUGCUGAGGCUGCCGUCGCCGAAGCUGCUCGUCAGGAAGAAGCUGCCCGUGUGUUGGAGGUCGAGAGCAGCAUGGCAACGAAGAUCCAGAGCCAGUGGCGCGGAACGGCUGCUCGGUCCGCGGUGUCGGCGUUGCGUGCUGAAGCUGCUGCUGCUGAGGCUGCCGUCGCCGAAGCUGCUCGUCAGGAAGAAGCUGCCCGUGUGUUGGAGGUCGAGAGCAGCAUGGCAACGAAGAUCCAGAGCCAGUGGCGCGGAACGGCUGCUCGGUCCGCGGUGUCGGCGUUGCGUGCUGAAGCUGCUGCUGCUGAGGCUGUCGUCGCCGAAGCUGCUCGUCAGGAAGAAGCUGCCCGUGUGUUGGAGGUCGAGAGCAGCAUGGCAACGAAGAUCCAGAGCCAGUGGCGCGGAACGGCUGCUCGGUCCGCGGUGUGGGCGUUGCGUGCUGAAGCUGCUGCUGCUGAGGCUGCCGUCGCCGAAGCUGCUCGUCAGGAAGAAGCUGCCCGUGUGUUGGAGGUCGAGAGCAGCAUGGCAACGAAGAUCCAGAGCCAGUGGCGCGGAACGGCUGCUCGGUCCGCGGUGUCGGCGUUGCGUGCUGAAGCUGCUGCUGCUGAGGCUGCCGUCGCCGAAGCUGCUCGUCAGGAAGAAGCUGCCCGUGUGUUGGAGGUCGAGAGCAGCAUGGCAACGAAGAUCCAGAGCCAGUGGCGCGGAACGGCUGCUCGGUCCGCGGUGUGGGCGUCGCGUGCUGAAGCUGCUGCUGCUGAGGCUGCCGUCGCCGAAGCUGCUCGUCAGGAAGAAGCUGCCCGUGUGUUGGAGGUCGAGAGCAGCAUGGCAACGAAGAUCCAGAGCCAGUGGCGCGGAACGGCUGCUCGGUCCGCGGUGUGGGCGUUGCGUGCUGAAGCUGCUGCUGCUGAGGCUGCCGUCGCCGAAGCUGCUCGUCAGGAAGAAGCUGCCCGUGUGUUGGAGGUCGAGAGCAGCAUGGCAACGAAGAUCCAGAGCCAGUGGCGCGGAACGGCUGCUCGGUCCGCGGUGUCGGCGUUGCGUGCUGAAGCUGCUGCUGCUGAGGCUGCCGUCGCCGAAGCUGCUCGUCAGGAAGAAGCUGCCCGUGUGUUGGAGGUCGAGAGCAGCAUGGCAACGAAGAUCCAGAGCCAGUGGCGCGGAACGGCUGCUCGGUCCGCGGUGUCGGCGUUGCGUGCUGAAGCUGCUGCUGCUGAGGCUGCCGUCGCCGAAGCUGCUCGUCAGGAAGAAGCUGCCCGUGUGUUGGAGGUCGAGAGCAGCAUGGCAACGAAGAUCCAGAGCCAGUGGCGCGGAACGGCUGCUCGGUCCGCGGUGUGGGCGUUGCGUGCUGAAGCUGCUGCUGCUGAGGCUGCCGUCGCCGAAGCUGCUCGUCAGGAAGAAGCUGCCCGUGUGUUGGAGGUCGAGAGCAGCAUGGCAACGAAGAUCCAGAGCCAGUGGCGCGGAACGGCUGCUCGGUCCGCGGUGUCGGCGUUGCGUGCUGAAGCUGCUGCUGCUGAGGCUGCCGUCGCCGAAGCUGCUCGUCAGGAAGAAGCUGCCCGUGUGUUGGAGGUCGAGAGCAGCAUGGCAACGAAGAUCCAGAGCCAGUGGCGCGGAACGGCUGCUCGGUCCGCGGUGUCGGCGUUGCGUGCUGAAGCUGCUGCUGCUGAGGCUGCCGUCGCCGAAGCUGCUCGUCAGGAAGAAGCUGCCCGUGUGUUGGAGGUCGAGAGCAGCAUGGCAACGAAGAUCCAGAGCCAGUGGCGCGGAACGGCUGCUCGGUCCGCGGUGUCGGCGUUGCGUGCUGAAGCUGCUGCUGCUGAGGCUGCCGUCGCCGAAGCUGCUCGUCAGGAAGAAGCUGCCCGUGUGUUGGAGGUCGAGAGCAGCAUGGCAACGAAGAUCCAGAGCCAGUGGCGCGGAACGGCUGCUCGGUCCGCGGUGUCGGCGUUGCGUGCUGAAGCUGCUGCUGCUGAGGCUGCCGUCGCCGAAGCUGCUCGUCAGGAAGAAGCUGCCCGUGUGUUGGAGGUCGAGAGCAGCAUGGCAACGAAGAUCCAGAGCCAGUGGCGCGGAACGGCUGCUCGGUCCGCGGUGUCGGCGUUGCGUGCUGAAGCUGCUGCUGCUGAGGCUGCCGUCGCCGAAGCUGCUCGUCAGGAAGAAGCUGCCCGUGUGUUGGAGGUCGAGAGCAGCAUGGCAACGAAGAUCCAGAGCCAGUGGCGCGGAACAGCUGCUCGGUCCGCGGUGUGGGCGUUGCGUGCUGAAGCUGCUGCUGCUGAGGCUGCCGUCGCCGAAGCUGCUCGUCAGGAAGAAGCUGCCCGUGUGUUGGAGGUCGAGAGCAGCAUGGCAACGAAGAUCCAGAGCCAGUGGCGCGGAACGGCUGCUCGGUCCGCGGUGUCGGCGUUGCGUGCUGAAGCUGCUGCUGCUGAGGCUGCCGUCGCCGAAGCUGCUCGUCAGGAAGAAGCUGCCCGUGUGUUGGAGGUCGAGAGCAGCAUGGCAACGAAGAUCCAGAGCCAGUGGCGCGGAACGGCUGCUCGGUCCGCGGUGUGGGCGUUGCGUGCUGAAGCUGCUGCUGCUGAGGCUGCCGUCGCCGAAGCUGCUCGUCAGGAAGAAGCUGCCCGUGUGUUGGAGGUCGAGAGCAGCAUGGCAACGAAGAUCCAGAGCCAGUGGCGCGGAACGGCUGCUCGGUCCGCGGUGUCGGCGCUGCGUGCUGAAGCUGCUGCUGCUGAGGCUGCCGUCGCCGAAGCUGCUCGUCAGGAAGAAGCUGCCCGUGUGUUGGAGGUCGAGAGCAGCAUGGCAACGAAGAUCCAGAGCCAGUGGCGCGGAACGGCUGCUCGGUCCGCGGUGUGGGCGUUGCGUGCUGAAGCUGCUGCUGCUGAGGCUGCCGUCGCCGAAGCUGCUCGUCAGGAAGAAGCUGCCCGUGUGUUGGAGGUCGAGAGCAGCAUGGCAACGAAGAUCCAGAGCCAGUGGCGCGGAACGGCUGCUCGGUCCGCGGUGUCGGCGUUGCGUGCUGAAGCUGCUGCUGCUGAGGCUGCCGUCGCCGAAGCUGCUCGUCAGGAAGAAGCUGCCCGUGUGUUGGAGGUCGAGAGCAGCAUGGCAACGAAGAUCCAGAGCCAGUGGCGCGGAACAGCUGCUCGGUCCGCGGUGUCGGCGUUGCGUGCUGAAGCUGCUGCUGCUGAGGCUGCCGUCGCCGAAGCUGCUCGUCAGGAAGAAGCUGCCCGUGUGUUGGAGGUCGAGAGCAGCAUGGCAACGAAGAUCCAGAGCCAGUGGCGUUCCGCGGUCGCUGCUCGUAUGAAACGAGAUCAGCAGCUGUUCAAGACGAGUGAACAGUCAAAGCUUGAGAUUGGAAUGGCGUCGAGUAAUCAGCUUUUGCGGUCAAGCCCAGCCGUAGUUCACGAGCUUGGGAAGUACUUGGUUUCACCUGUGGCUUUGAAUCCAUCGGAGUGUGCGAUUAAGAUUCAAGCUGCAUGGCGCGGCAGCAUCGGACGAAAAAAAGCUGCUACGCGGCGAUUGGGGAAUGGAAUUGUCAAAGGAGAGUCUGACUUUGAGGGCUGUGAAGUUGACCGAAACCCUACGUUGGCGGAGCUUCAGCUUUUGAGUCAAAGUGGACGCUUCUCGGUUGUGUCUGACGACAGCGAUGACGACUCUAGCUUUGAAGAUGCGCCAAGCUUUGUUGGCGAAGCACCAUUUGCCCGAGUCUCGACGCAAUCGUUGGAGCUUGAAAUGUCGGACCAGAGUGACGGUUCGCCACGCAUGGGUAAUGAACAUGUGGAGUCACGACUUUCUCAGUGCAAUCACGAUUCUCGAGCAUCUGCAAGUUUGGAGGACGUUGCACUUGAGUUUUCGGUCCCUGAGUACGACUCAGCUUAUAACGAUGACAAAAGUGAUGCCGGUAGCGAUGUUUUCGUCGACGCAGUUGAGGAGCAAAAGUUGAUUGAGCACACCACCAUUCGCAGUUCGGAUAUCGACGAUGAAUCUCACUCGGUGGACGAGCGUAGCGAUGUAAGCCUUGACGCUACACCGUCCUCGGAUGCUGUCGCCGCUGUACAUGGUGCAGUGUCGCCUUUGCCUUCAACCGAGGAGAUUGACGUGGAGGUCGGCAGUGAGCGCUUAAGUAGCAAUGUGUCUGGAAGUGAAUGGCGGCUAUCUAGCCAAUCUGGGUAUUCACUCCAAGAGCCGUCGUUGGACCUGGACACGGCUCGAAGCAGUUUGGAGUCAAGCUCAAUGAGCAGUGUCUCUCAGCGGAAUGACGAAGCCUACGAUGAUCCGUUCCGCUCUCGAAUGGACUCGUACGCCGACUCCCCUCGAUCCCGUGGUGACUCGUACGCCGACUCGACGCGAACCCGAACGGAUUCUCACGCUGAUGUGUUUCGGUCUCGUGGCAGCUCUCUGGACGGUGACGUUCGCUCCCGUGAGGACUCAUAUGCGGACGUCUCUAUCAAAUCGGACCACGAUGAGCAGUGUCUAAGCGAUGUCGAGAACCGCGACGAGGGCCAGACGUGUUUCGAUACUGAUAGCGACUGUGCAAGCUCUGUCACCAGUGGUUCUCCAGGCUCAGGUCACAUUAUCGGCAACGCGGAAACUGAUGAAGUGCAUGACGAGACACCAGCAUCACGUACGAAGAGCAAUAGUCGCUGGCGUGCUGCUAGUGUCCUCAGUGCGCUAUCAAGUCGCCGUCCGAGCAAGCCGACGAGUUCACCGGCGUCAUCUUUCGAAGAAGAGGAGAAGGAUAAGAAGGCACCGUCGACGAGCGCCUUGCCUUCGGCAAUUGGAUUGAGCUCUGUCGCAGGUUUGCUGAAUCGCAAGCUCUCAGUUCCGAUGAGCAAAUUGAGCAGCACCGUCGAGAACGAGAUGGACGAAUCGUCAGUCGUGUAUUCGCCUCAGGAACAGCACCCGUCCAAGAGUAAGUUUCGUUUCGGCCGAUUCACUGCUCCGACUGUGUCCAAACCGGCCUUCCCGUCGCGUUUCGGUUGGAAAAGCACAACCCGUCGCGGUACGAAUGAUUACGACGACGGAGAAGCGGCGGAUACGUAG